AUGGCGGACGAGUUUGACUGAAGUACUCAAAGAUAUUUUGAUUUGUUUUGYAGAAAAAAAUGAAUAAUUAUGACCAAGAAGAGAUGCACUUUAGACCAAGAAGAGUAACCAAUCAAAAUAUAGUAUGGAAAUUACGUCAAAGAGAAACUACUCUUGAAAGACCGGGUUGUCAUUGGCAUCGCGCAAGAAGUUUUACCCAAAACGUCUUUCCUAAUUUUACUAUUGUAAACGUWGAAAARCCUCCUUGUUUCUUGAGAAAAUUUUCUCCAGAUGGACGAUACUUUGUUGCGUUUUCACUGGAUCAAAGCUCAAUUGAAGUGUACGAGUUUCAGGGUGCAGGGGCCGCAGAGGAGUUGCUUUCAAAACUACCACGCGAUAACGCCACGUGUAGGCGACAACUGUUUAGUCARUUUUUCAAACAAACAGCUGUAGUAACUGUAGCAACUAAUGGAGAACACUUAAACAGAGAAUGUAGUUUAUUUACUGAUGACGGCCGGUAUGUGAUAGUUGGGUCAGCGUCAUACGUCCCGGAAGAUCCCCAUCCGUAUUUCUUUGACAUUUACAGAAACAAUGAGUCCGUGUCCCCAAACCCGAGAUCUCCCCUUGAGGAUUACACUAUWCACAUUGUAGACUUGUGCCAUGGUUGCYUGAGUGAUUCAAGAGUUUUUAAAUGUGAUAAGAUCUUUCUAAGUCACAACCAGGGGCUGUAUUUGUACCGGGACCUUCUAGCAAUACUGUCCGUCCAACAACAGACRGUACACAUCUUYCAGGUUACUAAAGAUGGCAAGUUUAUUGAYGUYAGAUCAAUUGGACGKUUCUGCCAGGAAGAUGAUGAACUUGUAUUACAGAACUCUUUAAGUGUUGAAAUGGAAAAUGGACAUCCACCAAGGCCAUACCGUGAAACAUGCAUCAAUGGCUUGAAACAUAGAUUAUUGGCACAUCUUUACAGGUGUGCAGAGAGGCAAGGCUCACCAGAGGCCUUGCGCAGGUUCUUUCAACACUUUGAACAGUUUCGUAUGCUACGAAUGUGGAAAAUGCAACUUUUAGACGAAACCACAAUCCUUAUAAAGUAUGCUAGUGAAGAUGUAGUAACACUUCGAGUAGCUGACCCAAACUCCCAACCAUCAUUCUUUGUUAUUUACAAYAUGGAGUCAACCCAAGUGUUAGCAGUGUUUGAAAACACUUCUGAGAAACUACUAGAAUUGUUUGAGCAAUUUUGUGACUCAUUCAGAAAUGCAAUAUUACAUUCUCCUGCACAGUUYACAUGUUCGGCUUCAAGCAACAUUUAUGCCCGUCAAAUCCAGCGCAGRUUCAAACACACWAUMAUMAAUGCAAAAUAUGGCGGUCACACAGAAGCAGUGAAACGUCUCUUAGCACAGUUGCCUAUYAGUUCCCAGUCCUACAGCAGCAGUCCUUAUUUAGACUUAUCAUUGUUUAGUUAUGAUGACAAGUGGGUGUCAGUCAUGGAGAGACCAAAAGCUUGUGGAGAUCAUCCAAUCAGGUUUUAUUCAAGGGAUUCUGGGCUUCUCAAGUUCAAGAUUCAUGCUGGAUUCCUAGGGAGACCUACACCACCCACAGCAAGGAGGCUUGUUGCAUUCACCUUUCAUCCUUACGAGCCCUUUGCUAUAUCAGUUCAAAGAACUAAUGCUGAAUAUGUAGUUAAUUUUCACAUCAGGCACUUGACAACUGGGCCAGAACAUAUGUAAAUCUUUUCAAAUUGCYCUCUUCAAAUAAAGCAUUGCUAUGGGUU